ACUGCGCACGUGCGGGCCGCAUCGUGACUCUCACGCAACGGCCACGUCGAAAUAUAAAUCGAAAAUCGAAUUUAAAAAAUACGGAAUUUAUUCGCUUAGUUUUUGUUCCGGAUUUUUUAUACGUAAUUUGAGUUUUUUUACAAUUUAUAUAAAGUCGCUGUGAUAUUGUAUAAAUUAUUUUGUUUUUUUUAAAAAGUGGGUUAAAUGUGUGAUUGAUUUUUUGGAAUUUUAAUAGUGAGAGAAUAUAAUAUAACGAUGUCUCAAGUACCGUUGGUUCGUAAGGCGAUAGUGGGAGCGGCGUUGGCCAAUGCAUCCACUUCGAGCAACCCCAACCCUGAGGUGGGUGAGGAAGGACAGGAACAUAAUUGGACCCCAGCAGCUUUGGAAAGGGCUGGAUCCACUUUGAAAGCACUGAAUCGCAUGGCCAAACGACCACCAGUUCAUCUCGUAUUUGAGGAUAUUUCCUACACCGUUAGUUCCCAUAAAGGAGAACGCAGGAUUCUUCACAAUGUCUCCGGGGAAUUCCGUUCUGGGGAACUCACCUGCAUUCUUGGUCCAUCUGGAGCAGGAAAAUCUACACUCUUGAACAUACUGGCAGGCUAUAAUUCAAACGGAGUGAAGGGCAGAAUAACAGUGAACGGUCACACUCGUGAAAUGAAGCUGUUCAAGAAACUCAGUACAUAUAUCAUGCAGGAAGAUCUGCUUCAACCAAGGUUGACGGUGCAGGAGUCCAUGGUGGUCGCAGCCAACUUGAAACUAGGGCAAGAGUUGGGAAAAGCUGAGAAGGAAUUAAUAGUAGAAGAAAUUCUUCAAACUCUUGGUUUAUGGAAUCAUAAGAACACAAUGACUGAAAAACUGUCAGGUGGUCAAAUGAAGAGGCUGUCUGUUGCUUUGGAGCUGGUCAAUAACCCACCCAUCAUAUUUUUGGAUGAACCUACAACUGGCCUGGACAUCGUCUCCAUCCGUCAGUUGGUGGUACUCCUCCGUCUCCUGUCUCGUCAAGGCAGAACGAUCGUGUGCACAGUUCAUCAGCCAUCUGCCUCGUUGUUCGCUCUCUUCGACAGAAUCUACGUGUUGGCACGAGGAAUGUGCUGUUAUCAGGGUGCCCCUCAGCUCAUAGUACCGUUCUUAGCUGAAGCUGGCCACGUAUGCCCCAAGACGCAUAACCCAGCAGACUUCGUACUGGAAACUCUAGCCACUGACAUUGAAACAACUGCUCCAUUAUCAGAGCUGUGCCAGAAUGGAAAACUUUCCAGAAGAUUGGAUAGAAUGAUACCCAGAGGCCGAAAACCCGUACUGCAUUCGGAAGACUCUAUACAGAGAAUAUUCACGGAGCAUGUGGCUAAAGAACAGCUUUCUAAAGUUGAAUUUCCAACGUCUUUCUGGGCACAAUUUCUUAUAUUGAGCAAACGAAUGUUUACGCAGAACAGAAGAAAUUCAACUUCAAUAUGGAUUCAAUUGGUCCAUCAUGUUUUAUCAGCUACACUUUUGGGCAGUAUAUUCUUCAAUGUCGGUAAUAACGCAGCGAAUCCUGUAGUCAACUUUAAAUUUUGUUUGAGUUGCCUGGUCUUCUUCAUGUACACGCAUACUAUGAUUCCUGUUCUCAUAUUCCCAUUCCAUGUACGUUUACUUCGACGAGAAUAUUUUAAUCGCUGGUACAGUCUCAAAGCAUACUAUGUGGCUUUAACAUUAGCCAGUGUUCCAAAUAUGAUAAUUCUUGGAAUGAUAUUCCUGGUUAUUUCCUAUUUGAUGUCUGGUCAGCUACUGGAAUGGGAUCGCUUCAUAUUGUUUGCUAUUAGUGGUUUGCUCAUAGCUACGUGCUCUGAAGGACUUGGGUUAGCUGUAGGAUCUGCUUGCAACGUUACUAACGGCUCCAUUGUGGCUCCAGCAAUUGCGGCUCCUCUUCUCGCCUUAUCCUGCUAUGGUAUGGGCUUCGGACCCUACAUCGAGAGCACAAUGAAAGCCCUUAUGUCGUUUUCCUUCCUACGAUACGGCGUGACAGGAUUCUCAAUAGCUCUCUACCAGAACAGACAGAAGAUGGAAUGUAAUCAAGAAUUCUGCCUAUACUCCGAACCAAAGCUAUUAAUAAGGGAUUUAGGCAUGGAAGGGGAUACCUAUAUAAUUCAAGUCAUUGGCUUACUAGGUUUUACCGUUCUUCAUAGGUCACUAGCGUACCUCGCAUUAAGGUACCGAUUAACAAAUGAAUUUUCAAAUAAAUUCAUGUGUUAUGUUAGUAAAUUUUUGAAACAUAGAUAAUUAUUUUGAUUAGACAGUAUUUAUAAUUAUGAAUACAGAAAAUUAUUUAAAUCUUUUGUUGUGAUCUCGACUAGUGACAAUAUUACGAUUAUCUUGCCAGAGUUUUGAGAUCGUUGUGGAGAAAAAUUUUAACUAAUUUAUAUAGAUAUAUGUAGUUUUGUUCGGUUUGUGGUGGAACGUGAGAAUUUUUUUCUUGUUGCUUUUGUAUUAAUUAUAAAAAUGAGAUCUGCUAUUGCUUUAACGCUGGCUAAUAUAUUAUAUGUAACUAUGCGUGGCAUUAGAGGCGAUUAAAGUAUAUUUACAUUCACUAAGUUUACAGAAUUCGAUAUGUAUUAUUAUCAACUAGGACUUUAAAAUCCUAGAACUUAAUAAUGAAAAUAUUUUAACCUGUGAAGUGUCGGGACGCAGAUCUACGCGAAGCACAAUGUGUUAGCAAUUGUCUCAUAUAUCGACAGACAAUAGGUUAAAUCACAUAUCAUGAGUAAUUAAUAGACACAAGUCUUGUUGUUUCGUCAUCUUGAUUUCUUAGUUCGUUUGACUGCCUCGUUGGCCGAGUGUUCGCAAGUGUGACUGCCGGGCAAGGGGUCUCGGGUUCGAUUCCCAG